UUAGAAAGGCCCAAGACGUUGAAGUAGAAGGCACAGGGGUAGAAGCUGCAAAGCUCUAGCAGCCCCUUCUCAGGCUCCCCUUAUUGGCUGCAACCAUGUGCACCACGUAUACUAACGCUGGCUUCCAGGACCUGUCGGGAGCGAGGGAGGAUGAGGAUGAUGAUUACGAGAACAUGACACCACCCUACAAGGACCUUCCUCCUAAGCCAGGUUCAAUGGCUCCUCCAAGACCUCCAAGGGCAGUAAAGAAGAUGAAGAGUCCCUCAAUUCUGUGCAAGCCCCAGAAGAUGGCAGGGCUGGACCUCACCCCUAUCUCCUGCACAUAUCCUCAACAAGGUGUUGAACUGGAGCCUCCUCCAUCCCGGCCGCCCCCAGCCAGCAAGUCCUUAUCUCCUCCUAGUAUGCACCAUAUCCUCUCUCAUCAGCCAGGGCAUUUGAAUCAGACAUAUAGCUCCCAGGCAACUCCAGUACCCUACCUCAGCCAGAAGCCAGGGGGUCCUGGGCGCUGCUGGGAGGACAGACUGAUGGUAUGGCUGUGUGCGCUGGUGGUGGUUUCACUGCUCCUGGGGUGCAUUAGCCUGGCUGUGACCCUGACUAAGUACCAGGCAGUGGUGGAAGAACUGAGGAUGUUAACCUUUCAGCAGAUGGCGUGGCAAGCAAAUGUGACUGGAAUGGCAGGGCUAGCUGGCCUGAAGAAGGACACUGAUCGCUUAAGAGCUGACACUAACCAGUCCCUGGUGGAACUUCGGGGCUUAUUAGGCUGUACCAGGGUCACCUGCCCCGACGGCUGGCUCCCCUUCGAGGGCAAAUGUUACUACUUCUCCCAAGUUACCAAGUCAUGGGAGGAAGCCAGGAAGUUCUGCCAGGAGAAUUAUUCUCACCUGGUCAUCAUCAGCAGCUUUGCUGAGCAGAAUUUUGUGGCCAAAGCUCAUGGCUCUCCGCGAGUGUACUGGUUGGGGCUGAAUGACAAGGACCACGAAGGGGACUGGCACUGGCUGGAUGGGUCGCCUGUCACAUUAAGUUUCUGGGGCCCAGAGGAACCCAACAACAUCCAUGAAGAGGACUGUGCCAGCAUGAACAAUGAUGGUACCUGGAAUGACCUUGCUUGUAGUAAAACUACAUAUUGGAUUUGUGAGCGGAAAUGCUCCUGCUGAAGCUCAGGACUAAGGCUGGGGGCUGUACCCAGUGCCUCUCAGCUCUUGGAGAUGAGUACCUCCUGCCCUUCCACAGAGGCCCCGCCUCUUCAUGAACAGACAUGGAUGUGGCCAAAUUGGAACAGUAGCCUGGAAGUACAAGUCCCUGAGAUGCAAGACAGGCCAGUUCUAGGGCAAGGACAGGGGCUUGCUCAAAUAGAUGGUGAGCUGGAGGGACACUCAGGACUUGGUGGUGGUCUCCAGUCCUGGGCCUGGUGGGCAUUCACCAAGUUUGCCAUCAUGGGUCUUGGGAACUGGUGGCCCCAGGGCUCUGGGUCUGAUGUUGAACCCAGGACUGAAAUGCCCUGGUUUCUCUGAACCAUGAUGAGCUGGGACUGAGCUCCCUUAUUUCUGACCUGGUGUGGACCAGCUUCUGGGAUGUAGGUGAGGCAAAACUAUUCUUGACAAGCAACUUUCUUGAUGAGGUUUGCCCAAGUCAGAUGGUGGAAUUUGACUUCUUCUGAGAUCUGGCCCGUAGAACUUCUAGAAAGCCAGACCAGCUGAAAGACAAGUCUUCGGUCAGGUCCAUAGGACAAGCAUGGAGAUAUCUACCCAUACGUGCCCUCAAGCUGUCUGUGGGUUAUAAAGAUUCUUGAUGAUAUAAUUCAUUUUACUUCUGUAUGGACUUUCUUGGGCUAUUAGCUCUUGUAACGUUCGUGUUUCUCAAAAUUCUACUUUGUUGUAUGGGACAGUUCUGGUCGUGGCAGGAUGUUUAGUGUCCCUGGCCCUUGCCCACUAAAUGCCAGAAUUACCCCACCUUCAUCAUCAUGACAACCAAAAAAUGCACCCUGGAGGGCUGGUACUACCCUGAGCUGAGCACAACUCAACUGAGCAACCCCUUUAGGCAAUCAUUGAACUCUAUCCUGAGAUAGGUGCUGUCUUAGACAUCUAGUACUGCCAUAACAGAAAUACCACAAGGGGAUGGCUUUAACAAAGUGAAAUAUAUUUUCUCACAGUCUAGUAGGUUACGAGUCCAAAUUCAGGGCACUGGCUCCAGGGGAACACUUUCUGCCUCUCUUGGCUCUGGAUGAAGGUCUUUGUUCUCAAUUUUCCCCUGGUCGAGGAGCUUCUCAGGCGCAGGGACCCCAUGUCCAAAGGAUGCACUCUGCUCCUGGUGCUGCUUUCUUGAUGGUGUGAGGUCCUCAACUCUCUGCUUGCUUCCCUUUCCUUUUAUCUCUUGAGAGAUAAAAAGUGGUGCAGGCCACACCCCAGGGAAAUUCCCUUUACCUUGGAUCUGGGAGGUGACUUAAGGGUGGUGUUACAAUCCCACUCUAAUCCUUUUUAACAUAAAAUUACAAUCACAAAAUGGAGGACAACUACAGAAUAUUGGGAAUCACGGCCCAGCCAAAUUGAUACAUAUUUUGGGGGGAAACAAUUCAAUCUAUUACAGGUGCACAUUCUCUAAACCAAGCAAUUUAUUUACCAACAAGUUGCCCUUGACUAAUUGUAGAGUCUUUCCUGUUUUGAGGGAAAGCAGGUGAUUAAGGCGAGGAAGCUCUGAGAAGAGGGGGCUGUGGGGAGGCUGGGACUCACUUCACUUUUGCUUCCUCUCCCUUUGUCUCCUCCCACCUCCACACCCUUGCCUCAACUCAUGAGUACCCAAACCAGCCCACCAUACUCUUCACACUUGCAGAGUGGGUGGAGGUCCUGUUCUAUGCCCUGCACCCAGGGGACCCUUGGUUCACGUAACUGCUUCUCUGGGGCCAGGGGAAGUUCCCACAUCUCAGAAGAGGAAACUUCAGUUUCCCUCAACAUGUGUGUGAGAAAUGAGGAAGCAGGGGGCUGUGGUCACAACUAUGAGUCACACUGAGGUCCCCCAAGUGGAGAUGGCUCCAACCUAUCUUACUUUCAUAUAUUGCAGGGAGGUAAACAGGAAAGAAGUCCCUUUUUAACCACUUUCGGACCAAGGGAUCAAAGGUUGAAGGCUUUUGCUAAUAAAAUUAAUAGCCGUGGUUUAUCAAGCACAUAUUGUUAGAUGCAUGCAGUGGUUCUUAUUUAAUAUUUGCUACAACUCUGUGAGGUUGGAAUAAUUACCCACCCCAUUUUACAAGUGGGAAGACUGAGGCCCAGAAGGGUCUCAUGGCUUGUCCAUUGUCAUUCAGUGGAUAAAUGGCAGAGCUGCGAUUUGGUCUCAGUUUGUCCCUCCAAUGGUUGGUCUCUUUCUGUAGCAUCUGCUGCCUUCCAAGGGAUUAUUGGUAAAUUUCAAUUAUCCCUGAGGACCCUGGACCUUGUAACCCUGCUCUCAGCUACCUAUUAUGGGAAAGGAGCAAUGUGGUAUGUGUAGUGGAAAAGAAUAAAAUAUUUACUAUCUGUCCCUUUAGAUAAACGUUUGCUGGCUACUUUUAGCAUAUUUAUGCUAGGCUAAGAGAGGAGACAGGGGCUGAGUUGCUAAUUGUGUGGUUCUCCUGGGACUAUUACAAUAAUCCAGGUGAGUAAUGGUGAUGGCUUGGGCCAGGGACUAUGGAGGUAAAAACAAUUCUGGAUCUAGUUUGAAGGCACAGCCAGUAGAAUUUGUUGAUGGACUGGAUGUUGAGCGUGAGGGAAAGAGAAGAGUAAAGAAUGACUCUAAUGUUUUCAGUUUAAGCAACAGGAAAAGAUGGAGUCACCGUUAACGGAGACAAUGAAGAAAAAUGUUUAUGAACACAGUACAUUUAAAUUUUGGUGGUUUUUAAACUCUUGCCGACGUUCUUAGAACUUCCCUUGUCAAGUGAGAAGUGGGUCAAGAGUAGAAUCCUGCUUGUAGCAGAUGUGGUCAUAUCAUUCCCAUGUCUUUAAUUCUCACCUUCUUGGUGCAUGCCAGCCUGAGUCCACUUGGUUUCCCGCAUGGCAGGUGGGAACUGCCAGGGAAAAAUGCUUCCUGGAACAGCCUGGACUUGAUAUAGGCAUACCCCAGCUCCCUUGCCCCACAGGUGGAAUAACUCAGAGGUGUGUGUUCCAUGGUAUCCCCCCGACACCGCCAGGCUCCCAGUGAGAUUAAGCUCCAGUUGCCGACAGUGGUAGCCUGCUUAGUAACACAUCCUUAACACCUUUUUACUGGCUUUCUUUCUCUGACUCACUUCUCCAAUCACCUACUGGUGUUGUGGGAUUGCCUCUAAAAUAAACUACUUGAACUUGAAUCUUUGUCUCAGUGUUUGUUUUGGGGGGAACACAAGCUAAGACACUACAGGGCAAGAGAAGACUAGCUUGCAAAGUUGUUCCAGUUUGCCUAGGACUGAGGGGUUCUUGGGAACCUGGAUUCUCCGUGCUCAAACUGGGAAAGCAUUGGGCAAAUUCAGAUGGGUUGGCCACUCCAAUAGGGGAGUGAGGUAUCAGGAAAAGGAGAUCAACAGAGUCAAAUGCGACCCAAGUUAAAUAAAUAAGACUGAGAAGCAGCCAGUGGACUUAACGUUGAGGAAGCCUUUGGCACAUUGAGUCAUUCUUUCAAGUGUUGGAAGCAGAAGUCAGGCUGCAGUGUGUUGAACAGUGAAUGGGUGGGAGGAAGUGGAGACAGCACAGUGUAAAUAACAUUUUCUAGAAUUUGGCUGUGAAGAGGAGGAGGGAUGUAGAGUGGUUAUUGAAGCAGGAGAGGAGGUUGAGGGAGGAUUUUUUUGGGUAGAAGGGGCCUGAACAUGUGUCUUCCCCCCUACUCUUUCAAAAACUUCUGUUAUUCCCAUACUAGAUCUCCUAGAUCUCCAGUUUGACUUUUCUUCUUCAUGAUUUUCAUCCUUUUGCAUUUUGUUCUGUGAUUUGAGAUGUUUGUUCCACAUGGUCUUCUAAGCCACUAAUUUAGCUCUUGACAGUGAUCACCCAAUUCUUUAAUUCAUUCAGCAGAAUUUCCCAUGCAGAAAGCAUGCCUUUAAGCUUUAGAGAGCUUUUUUGGUGCUGUGCUUGAAUAUCCUUAAGUCCUUAUUUUUAGUAUUCUCAUUUAAAGUUGGGGCCCGUAGCCCCUGGGUAAGCAUUUGGCUGCUAACCAAAAGACUGGCAGUUCGAAUCCACCAGCUGCUCCUUGGAAACCCUAUACAGGCAGUUCUACUCAGUCCUACAGAGUUGCUAUGAGUUGGAAUCGACUCAUGGUAAUGGUUUUUGUUGAAAGCUGUUGUCUGUCUACUUUAGCAGCUCUAUUUGUUGGAUGUCAAUUCAGAUGAAGCAUCCUUUUUUCAGCUGCUGGGCCUUCUCACAUGUUGUCAUUUUUUUGGGGGGGCCUCAGACAUAGGGUCGAGGCAGUGACAGUUUCCCAAAUGAUGGAAGGAGGUGGGUUCUCCAGUCCAGUGGGUCCAUGUGUGCACCAGUGAGUUGUGUAGAAGUGCCUCUCUGCUCCUCAAUCCCCUUACUUCCUGCCAGAUACAAGAACAGGGUUCUUCUUGGGGUUUUUCGGGACCAGAGAGACCAUACACACAUACACGCACACACUGCGGCUGAUGCUGACCUUAUCCAAGAAGUUCAUAGACUCCUGUGGUCCAGACUUUCCCUAGGAUGGAUUGUGUCUUGUCCUCAUCCCAGAGUACUCUUCAGCAUGUCUCAGGGCUCUCACCUGGUAUGUGGGGGAGAAAUUCCAACUCCAGCUGUCCCUUCAGGGAUUCUCCCAGAGACAGAAACCUUACUCCCACCCAACUGCCACGGGUCUCCAAAGACUUUUGGUUCAAAAAGGACAGAUAUAUUGGGAUUGGGAGGGGAGGGGAAUCGAGACAUGUUCAGUGGCUGUUUUCUUAGAAUCUCCCGUUUCUCUCUCUUUAGCACAGGGGUUGGAAAACUACAGCGUGGAGACCAAAUUCUGCCCGCAGCCUUUUUUUGUAUGGCCAGUGAGCUAGGAAUGGAUAUAGUCCCAGGUAUAUUUACAUUGUUGUUGUUAGGUGCUCUCGAGUUGGUUCUGACUCAUAGCGACCCUAUGUACAACAGGACAAAACACUGCCCAGUCCUGUGCCAUCCUUGCAAUCGUUGUUACACUUGAGCCCAUUGUUGCAGCCACUGUGUCAAUCCAUCUCGUUGAGAGUCUUCCUCUUUUUCACUGUCUACUUUAUCAAGCAUGGUGUCCUUCUCCAUGGCCUGAUGCCUCCUGAUAACAUGUCCAAAGUAGGUGAGAAGUAGUCUUGUCACCCUUGCUACUAAGGAGUGCUCUGGCUGUACUUGUUCCGAGUUGAAUUUAUUCUUUCUUUUGGCAGUCCAUGGUAUAUUCGAUAUUCUUUGCCAACACCAUAAUUCAAAAGCAUCAGUUCUUUGGUUUUCCUUAUUCAUUGUUCAUCUUUCACAUGCAUAUGUGGUCCUUGAAAACACCAUGGCUUGGGUCAGGUGCACCUUAGUUUUCAAGGUGACAUCUUUGCCUUUUAACACUUUAAAGAGGUUUUUUGCAGCAGAUUUGCCCAAUGUAGUGUUAUUUGAUUUCUUGACUGCUGCUUCCAUAGGUUACUUGUGGAUCCAAGUAAAAUGAAAUCCUUGACAACUUCAAUCUUUUCUCCAUUUAGCAUGAUGUUGCUGAUUGGUUAUUUACAUUUAUAUAUGCAAUAUAUAUUACAUAUUCUCUGAUUUUAUAUCUAUAGUCUAUCUAUCUGUCUAGCUACCAUCUGUUUAUCCAGUGUGUGUGUGUGUGUGUGUGUUUAUGACAGAGAGUGUAUAUGGCCUGUAAAUAAUAUUUACUAUAUGGCCUUUUACAGAAAAAAUUUGCUGACUACUUUUAGCAUAUUUAAAUACUACUGAGGAGGAACUGAAGAGAGGGCAUGGGUGAGGUGGAAGAGAGAGGUGACAAUCAAUGAACGAAGGUCUCUGAAGAGGCAGUAGGGGAUGGGAUCCAACACACAGAUGGAGGGGUUUGGCUUAGAUAAGGGGAGGGGGCCUUUGCCCUUGUGGCAGAAUGGAGGAGGAAGCAAUAGGUACUGAUGGGAGAAGGAAGCAAGGAUGGGCAUGAAUGCAGAUAAAUUUGUAAGGGAAGUCAGGAAGUUGAGUUUCUGACUGCUUGUGUUUAUUUGGAAACCCUAGUGGCACAGUGAUUAAGAGCUAUGGCUGCUAACCAAAAGGUCAGCAGUUUGAAUCCACCAAGCGCUCCUUGGAAACCCUGUGGGGCAGCUCUACUCUGUCCUGUAGAGUUGUUAUGAGUUGGAAUCAACUCAACGGCAAUGGGUUUGGUUUGGGUUUUUUUUUGUGUGUGUUUAUUCUCUCUUUGAAGCAGAAGACAAGGACUUCUGCCUUAUGUAAAGGGAAAUGUGAUGAUGAUUGAGGAAGGAGGUGGAAACCUGGAAUUUCCCAUGUGGGGAAGUCGACUAGGGAUAGGCAGAGAGAUCCCCAGGUAGCAUGGAGGGUCUUGUUUAAAUCAGAAAGCAUGAAUUUGUGAUGGCUCCAAGCUGAGUGAUCCUGGGGUCUCACUGCCUUGAUGGAGAAAUGGAGAACAUACAUAGUUCAUGAGAAAGGAUGCUUUGAGGCUGCAACCAGCAGAUCCCCUGACUCAAAAUGGCUUAAUAAUAGGGAUUUGUUUGUCUUAUAUAGCAAAAAGUCUAAGGUUUGUUUCAGCAACUCAACAAUGUCAUGAAAGCCCAGAUUAUUCCCAUUUUUCCAUUCUUCCAUUCUUAGUAUUUCCAUUAUUUCUUUCUUCCAAGAAUCAUAUUGUUUUAUGACAACAUCAAAAAGAAGGAAGUCAUGGGCAGGCUCUCCUUGAAUUGUCUUUGUUUUCAUCAAUGAAAAAAAUAUUUUCCAGUAGGCUUUUCUUAUAUCUCAUUGGCUAGAAGUUGUCCAAAUGUCCAUCCUCAACCCAUCUCUAGCAAAUUAAACCAGGAUUUUUCAACCUCAGCAUUAUGGAUAUUUGGGGAUGAAUAAUUGCUUGGUGGGCUAUCCUAUGCGUCGUAGGAUGUUUAGCAGCAUCUAUCCACUAAAAAAAAAAAUUUUUUUUAUCCACUAGAUGGCAGUAGAGCUACCAUCCCCAGUCAUGAUAACCAAAAAUGUCCAACGCCAAAUGUCCCUGUGUAUGUGGGGAAAUUGCCCCCAGUUGAGAACUGAUGGCUUAGACCAAUCUCAAUUGACCCCUUAGGCCCAGGCACAUUACUCUCCCAAAUCUGAGAAUAAUCAAGGUUAUUGCUGAGUUGACAAUCUGUGGUGCCUACCAUAGUUGGAUUGGUCUUAGAUUGAGUGAUUAUAAGGAUUCUGGGUAGGUAGAAAAUGGACAUAUAAGUAGGGAAUAGAAUCAGAAAAAGGAAGCAAAGAUGUUGAAUAAAUAGGAGAGAAUUAUUUGAUGUGGUGGCUCAUGAGAUUUAGGCUGAAUAAAAAGGAAGGUGAAGCCAAGAGGAAGCUCAUGAUUUGGGAGAAGCCAAUAGUUUGAGGUGCUAGAUGAGUUUAAAGAGCAAUUUUAGGAGAGGUGAGAGUAAAAGCUAGAUGAAAGACCUUGGAAGGGGCCUCCUCAGUUACAAAAAGGCAAGGAAGUAUUUGCAACGGGCAUAAUUUGGGUAUCCAGUUCCAACAUUGCCUGGACACAUCAUAGCAAAGAGAAAUGCAAUUCAACACAUAUUAUCAGGAGCAGCACCACACUAUGCAGAAGAAACACUUUUAGAAGUAAAGAUUAAAUAUUUCCUCCAAGGAUGAUAUGUGUAAUGAGUCCGCUUGCCCUGAAUUUAUUCUUCAUGAUGCCAGCCAGAUCCGUGGAGUUGAAUGUUGUACUCUUAAUAUUUUCUCUUCAUUUGUCCUGCAAACCCCCCCACCCCCGCAAAAGAGAUGUUUAGGUUAAAGGUGGUUAUAAGGAUAAAAACAAAAAACAAAUAAAUAAAAAAAAAAAACAAAAGCUGAAUGAAAGGUCAGGAAUGGGUUAAAGGCAGAGAGCUUCAUUUAGCAGACACGUGGGCAAAAUGGCACAUCUUCCAACAUUUAGAGUCCUAGGGCAGGUGCGAUCUUUUUAGCUUAUGUUGGGAGGACUUUUCAACAACCCAGGCCAAAGAAUUCUACCCUUUGAAAAAUUUUCGGAUAUAGUGUUUCACACAGAAUUUUUGGCUCUCGGAAUGUUGUUGUUUUUCUAUGAGGAUAGGCUAGACUCUAAACUCCCUGAAGACAGUAACUGAGUUGGUCUCGUUUCUUUCUGGAUGGCCACUGCCUAGCAGAAUGCUGACACAUUGUCGAACUUCGCAAGUAUUCUUUUUGGUUCCCACAAUUACAGUUAGAAGACUUAUUUAGAUAUGGAGCCAGCAUCUCCUGUAGCAGCCCACGGGCAUAGCUUCUAGUAGUCCUGGCAAGAGACCCAGCCAGUUAUAAGAGUCAUUGUAUGCAGGAAGCCCAAAAUUAAUGACUUCCUUCCAGGAGUUUCAGAUUCAUUGUCUGGCCAUUUAC